AUGAAAGCAUCUCAAAUUUUGAAUUUCCAACAAUCACCAGUCGCUUCUUUGCUUAGACCAUGGAAGAAAUUUAGAGAUGGUACUCUAUUUUAUGGUGUAGCCAAAUCAGGUUCAAGAAGACAUCCUUUGACUACAAAAAAAGGUAACAAACAUUUCUAUAAAGGUACCAGAUCUUCAGGUAUUGGUAAAUUCACUACAAAAGGUCGUUAUAUGAUAAAUUGGGAUAAAGUUAGAACUUUUGUUGUUCCAACUGAGUUUAAUCCAAAUUUAAAACCUCUUGUAUCUCCAAAUGCUCCUCAAAUUCAAAACACUUUUGCAGGUUAUCCAAAAGGUCCAUUAGAUCCAAAAUUACAAUUCACUAAAAUAAAAGAAUAUAUACUCUAUGGAAAAGUGGAGACUGAAGAAUCUGCUUUGAAAGAUAAAUACUUAGAAAGAGGUUAG